ACCGCGCAUGCAUGGCUCUGGGGGUGCGCAGUGAGGUGAUCAGUGGUGCGCUAGGAGAGCCGGUAAUCGGCAUUCUUCAGAGGGGGCAUGUACACUGACCAUCAGGGCACUGAUGAUCAGUGUGCCCUGAUGAUCAGUGUAGGCCCAGCAGUGCCACCUGUCAGUGCCCAUCAAUGCCAGCUGUCUGUGCUCAUCAAUGUCACAUGCCAGUGCCCAUCAAUGACACAUCAAUGCCACAUAUCAAUGCCUACCAGUGCACAUCAAUGCCACGUAUCAGUGCCCAUCUGCGUUGCCUUUCAGUGCCACCUAUCAAUGCCAGUCAGUGCCACCUAUCAGUGCUAGUCAGUGCUGCCUAUCAGUGCCUCCUAACAGUGCACAUCAGUGCCACCUAACA